AUGGCUGUUCUACUCGUUGUGAUCAUUUGCCCGAUUAUAUUUGGAAUUUGUUUUCUUAGUCAAACAAUUUAUUUCAUAUAUAAAAUACUUAAUUCUAGAAAUACUGAUUAUUCAGGAAGUUCAACAGUAACCACUAUUCAUAUGACAGAUGGUGAAGCAACUUGUUGUAUGGGCUGGGCAUGGACAUCAUGUAUUGACAAAAGAACAAAUCGUAUAACAUUGAAAACAUUUAUUGUAUGGUACCUUGUUGCUAUAUGUCUUGAUAUAAUUCUUACAGUAUUAUUCUAUCUUAUUUUUUACCAUUUUCAGCGUACUUAUGUUUAA